AUGACAACUCAAUUCAGUAAAGGAACGAUAGAAGUUAUCAGUCAGCCAUCCAAAUCCGGAUCUCGUUCUAAAAGACCGUUCAUUUUGCUUGGUGUUCUUGUCACUGUUUUUGUCAUCACCACGAUUGUAUUCGCCACUUUGUAUGCCACCAACAAAAGCAGUAAAGCAACGAGCCCAGGGAACGCAGUACAAUUAACAAGUACAACUAUCAAAACAACCACAACCAACACCCCAUACGUACCACCACGAGCACCUGCGAUUGAUAUUCAUCCGAAUACAAAAUGGAUACAAAAUGGUCUUACUGUAGCUGGAGAAAACGGAGGAGGCAGUGAGAUCAAUCAACUCAGUGACCCAACAGGUUUGUAUGUCGAUGAUGAUCAAACAAUUUAUGUUGCUGAUCACUCUAAUCACCGUAUUAUGAAAUGGAAACGGGAUGCAACGAGUGGUCAAGUGGUUGCCGGUGGACAGGAACAAGGAAAUGGAACGCAUCAGUUGGAUACUCCCUUCGAUCUGAUUGUCGACAAAGUGAGAGACAGUCUUAUCAUCAGCGAUAACGGAAAUAAUAAAGUAGUUCGAUGGCCUGGUCAAAAUGGUACUAGUAAAGAAACAAUCAUCUCGAACAUCCGUUGUCGGGGUUUGACAAUCGACGAGAAUGGAUCUCUCUAUGUCGUUGACGGUGGAAAACAUGAAGUGAGGCGAUAUAGAAUGGGUGACACUGAAGGAAUAGUGAUGGCAGGUGGUAAUGGGCAAGGGAGUCGUCUUGAUCAACUCAACAGUCCCAGCUACGUAUUUGUUGAUCGAGAUCACUCAGUGUAUGUGUCUGAUUCGGGAAAUCAUCGUGUGAUGAAAUGGGAAGAAGGUGCAAAAGAAGGCAUAGUUGUAGCAGGUGGUCUAGGAGAAGGAGAUAGCCUUUCACGAUUGAUAGGUCCUCGAGGAGUAGUAGUCGAUCAACUGGGUACAGUUUAUGUUGCUGAUUAUGGGAAUCAUCGAAUAAUGCGUUGGCCAAACGGGGACACACAUGGAAGUGUAAUUGCUGGUGGAAAUGGUCAAGGAGGACAAUCGAAUCAAUUGUACUAUCCCUAUGGUAUAUCAUUCGAUCGAGACGGCAAUCUCUAUGUCGCCGAUACAUACAAUCAUCGAGUACAAAAAUUUCAUAUUGACUAA